CAGUUUAGAAAGCACCGGCUGCGGUGUGGUGUCCAGUAGUGUCCGGUGAGGUGCUGUGAGAUGAUGGUCGAAACGCACGAGCUCACGGUGGUGUGUGGUGUGCGGAGGAAAGGUAGUUGGUUAAGCCGAUGGAAGAAUGGAUGUGCACCCGUGGCGGCCGUGGUGCUACUGGGUGCCCUGUUGCUCAACGAUCCGGUCACGGCGAUCACCGUGCGAGAUGACGCGGUGUCGACGACGACGACGCCCGGGGUGAACGCCCGGAGCGCUCCAGCGGACGAGCCGGUGACGGGCGGUGGCGGGUUGGCGUGUCAGCUCGAGCGGCCAUUCUUGUUCGAACGAUCAGCGCGAAGCUCGGAGCUGUUCCUGCUCGAUGCUGCCGGUCUGCACCGUAUCGACACCGACGGGCUCGGAACGAAACGGAUGCCCGUUUGCACGCUGCCGAAGCGCUACGAGGAGGCUCGAAUGCUGCAGGUGCUCGAGGUGCAGCUCGGUGAGAAGGAGUACGUGCUGUUCGUCGUUACCACCGACCAGUGGCACAACGUAUACCUGGCGAACGGUGGCGGAUCGUCGUCGUCGUCGUCGUCGGAGGUGCCCUCCAAAAUGGUUCACUCCGCGCAACCCGUACAGCGUAUCAAAUACUCGGGCACGGUAUCGAAGGCUCGGCUGCUCGAGUGCAACGGAAACAUUUACCUGGUGACGAUCGUGACGUACGGCAAUUUGGGUAAAAUUCGCGUUUACCGGUGGAUGCAGUCAUACUUUUCGCUCGAGAGCACCAAGGAGAUCGUAUCGAUCGAUGACGUGCAGUGUCAUUGCCCGAGCACGCUGCUGCUGCUGGUGGUGGACUAUGCGCCGCUGCCGGAGCGCUCGCUGGUCCACGUGCUGCUGCUCGAUGCGGCCGAGCGCCCCGUCAAGGUGCAGGAGAUGUUCUUCCUGUCCAGCCCGCUGCAUUCGUUCGCGCUCGGUGCCGAGCUGUACCUCAUUCGUCACGUCAGCAAUGACAAAUCGUACCUGUACCAGUGGGACGCGGAGGGUAAGUUCGUGCGGCUACGCAAGGUGCCGUACCGGCCGGGUCAGAUAACGGCCGUCGCAUACUGGGACAGUACGCUGGCGGUCGCCCUCGAUGGUACGGUGCGCCUGUUUCAGAGUGGCAAGCAGCAGCUGUUGCGCGUGGAGUCGCCCUUUACCGUGCGCAGUAGCGCUCGUCAAUCGGAGGCCACCACGCAGCUCGUGCCGGCACAGGACGCGGGUGGCCCGCUGACACGGCUGUACGGUAUGCGCACCGACACCGAGAACGAGGUGGCGCUGGCGACGGAAUUUUCCUGCUCCGUAGCGAACGGGACGGCACUCAAGAUUUACCACCUGACCGUGAAGAGUGUGGCCCGGGCGGCAGAAGGUACAGCUCAGGAGCAAGGCUUCCGGGCACUCGCCAGCUGCCUGGACCGGCUGAAGCACGACACGAACGAACGGAAAAAGUGGAUCGACCUGAUACGCGCCCAGCUGUCCCGCAAGAACCUGGUGUUCGAUAAGCUCGCCCAAACCGGUGCCGGGUUGUCCGCGCGCCUCCACCCAACCGCCCUGCUGGGCAGCGUGGCCGUGACGCACGACAAGCCCGCCCUGCUGCUUCCACCGACGCGCACCGUCCUCAACGGGCACACGCUGCUACUGCGCCACUUCCGGAUGGCCGCCGACCUGAACCAGGUGCUGCUGCUGAACCGCGAGCGCACCGAAAUCCAGGGCGAUCUGCACGUGGCCGGCGACGUGCGUACGCGCAGCUCCAAGAUUCGGGCCGUCAACUCGCUCGACGAAAGCGCCCGGAGGCACGGGCUGGGGCGGGUUGCCAAGCGCGCCACGGCUUCCUCCGCUCCGCGCGUGCUGAGGGCCAGGGAAAUCAUCUCCGACUCGACGCUGAGUCAGCGGUUUGUGCGGCGGUCCAAAAUGAACGUUCUGCCGGGGAGUGUGCAGCUGAACACGCUCAGUGCGGGCUCAGUUCGGGUGGAGCUAGGUCAGAUCAAUCAUAUGCCGCUGCCGAACCGGCAGGCGCUGCUGGACGGGGUAACCCACGGCUACCACGGGCAUAAGGUGUUCCGCAGCGUUAAAUCCUACCGGCUGAACGCGCACCGCUUCAACGGCGAACCGCUGGCGGCGGAAAUCAUCGAGUCUGGGCUGCGGUCCGCGAGCGACGGCAUCGCCAUCAAGACCGACGUGUGCCGCAGCCGGAACGUGCUCGUCCGGCACACGCUGAACGGGUUCCCCCUGCAACGGCUCGUGUCGGCAUACCAACCGAUUCAGCAUGUGCGAGGAAAUUUGCUACUGACCGGACCGGUGUGCGUGAAAAACCUACAGUACGCAGGGACGCUCAACGAGGUCCCGAGGGCGGAGCUGCUGGACCGUGUCACCAAUCAAACGAUUACCGGGCCGAUGUUCGUGAGCAAAGGAUUCACCCACAGCCUGCAGGUGCAGCAGGUGAACGGGGAACCGCUGGCGAACUACGCGUCAACGACCUCACACCAGACGGCAAGCUUGCUUACCAAGGCUCCCGUUCGGGCCGAGAAAAUGGUCAUCCUCGGCGAUCUGAUCGCGAACCACGCGGAACAACAGUUUGCGCCCCACAUCGGCACCCGACCCGGUGACUUCCGCCAGCUCUACCGCGGCAAGGUGCUGCUCAACGGAUCCCUCCGGCUGCAUACGGCCACGAUUAAUGCGCCGAACGUAACCAUCCUGGAGCGCACGGUUUCGAGCAAACCGUACCAGCAGUUCCUCCUGCGCACCGAGCGGCAGGUUCUCGAGCAGGCCCCGGUGGCGCCGUACCGUACCGCGCUGUUUCAGUACCUGUUCGCCAACACGCUGAACGGAGCGGCCCUGUGGCAGUUCAGCCUGACCCAUCGCAGCUGGCAGAACGCGCUGUACCUGCAGGACGCCACCGUCCAGGGCCACGUUCGCCCGGCGCGCAUCUCCAAGCGGCUGCACUCGAUUAAGCGUAGUCGCGUCGAUCUGAACGCACGCGUGAAGGUGUGCAACGUACGAAACUUUGUCGGGACGCUCCGAGUCGGGCACCUGCACACCCGCUUCGUUGGCGAGGCAUUCAAUCCGGAUGUGCUGUUGCGCAAGCAGCAUCGCUCCGGUGCGUCGAUGCCACUUCCGCCGGCCGCUCCGAAGGCCCUGCUAGGCCGGACGGUGCUGCUCGACACGGCCGUUCACGUGCGAGGCCCGCUGCGAGUGAGUCGAAUCAACGGACGCACCGCCUACGAGCUGUCCGAGCUGGCCAAACCCGCUGUCCUGAGCCGGCGGCACUUCCGCGCGCUGCAGCUGGACUCGCUGGAGGUGGCCAAUGCGCACGUCCUCCGGCAGGCGACCGCCGGCGAGCAUCCUCUGGGCGAUUUCAUACACCGCUUUGCCUCGGCCGAGGGCGCUCCGACGAGUAGCUCCGGAGCGAUGGCUCGCUCGGCCCGCAUCGUGGUGCCCGGUCAGGUGCAGCACAUCGCGGCCGCACACGUCGGCAGCAUCAACCUGUGUCCGGUGGAGCGACUGCUGCGCGAAACGGUGCCCAAGCGCGAGGGAGCCCGCUCCAUUGGGGGCGUGAAGCGCCUGGAGCGUUCGCUCACCGUGAGCGGAGCGCUGCGAGUCGCCGGAACGAUCGGUGGGCGCGAGGCAGCUCUGCUCGGGCGACUCGUGACUCGCGGAUCCGUCGCCCCGCAGAGCAUCGACGCUCGCUGGACCUUCGGCUCGGUCGGCGCCGGCUACCUCACGGCGAAGGUGCUCAACCGGGUCGCCCUCGCCCGCCUGGCGUUGCACUCCGACGCGGCGCUCCUGCUCCAGAGCGAGCUGUUCGUCGAGCGGCUGCUGGUGUCGGAUCUGGUGUGGCCGGAGCGUGCCGGAUGGGCCUUCGAGGCGUACGUGAAUAGCGCGCACCACCGAGGCCAGUCCGCGAUCGCACUCCUGCGCUGCCACGGAACUGUGUACGGGCGCGUCCGGGACGCCGGCCACAUCCUGCACGAGCUCCUGCUCGCUCCCGGCCCCAACACGGAGCGCCUCAUCACGGGCCUGCUCGUCUUCGACACGCCGCACGUCCACUUCGCCAACAGCUCCACCCCGCUCGGACCGGCGCGGAUCGAACGGAUCGCCAAACGGUGCCUCCGCCGUCGCACCGGAAGCUCGCCGGAAACGCCGCCCGUUGUGUUCGAGCACGCUCAGGUUCUGCUGGCGCCGGAUACGACCGUCGUACGUGGCGAUCUGCACUUCCCGCAGCACUCCCCACUCACCGCCCGCACCGUCGCCGGUGUGAACCUGGCCGACCGGCUCGGCCCAAGCGCCAACCUGUUCCGGAAGUCCCGGCCGCGUCCGAUCGCGGCCGAAAAACGCUUCCCACCGGCCGGAAUCGCCGCCCACAACGUUACGCUCGACGGUGGCGGUGGGUGGCGUGCGCUCGCCUUCUGCUCCCACCCGGCGGCCUGCCCCGACCUGGCCCUACACUUCACCGUCGCGCCCCUCACCAUCGAGCGGCUGCUGACGGCGGUGCACCUCAACCGCGUGCCGCUGGACGGCUUUUUCCACGCGUUUGCCCGGCGCCACUCGGCCCCCGCCACGCCGCACCCCAUCCAGGACCUGCUGGGCACGCUUACGGUGUCCGACCUGCAGCUGGCCGGCCGCGGUACGAUCUUGCACCACAUCAACGGGCUGGCGCUCGGGGAGCUCGUGCUGCGUGCCACCGCCAACGCCACCCACCAGACGGUGACCGGCCCGAAGCACUUCCGCGCGCUCCACCUCGGCGGGCCACUCUCGCUGCAGCACCUCAACGGAGCCAAGCUGGCGUUGUUGAAGCGCACGCUGCUGGGACCACUCCCAGCUGCCGACCCGUCGGCCGACGAACCGCUCGAGGCGACGGUCUUCAACGCCCCCGUGCACCUACCCGGUGGCCUGCACACCCGCACGCUCUACCACAGCCGCACGGGCUCGUCCAACAUUCACCACCUCCAGCACCAACACCGCCAAAGAACGCACACUCCGCUGGCGGCGAUGGAGCUGCUGACACCGCCCCUCUCCUAUCUGCCCGCUGCGGCCUGGAACCGGCAAACCCGUCCACGGGUGGCCAGCGGAAGCGGUGCCACCGUGCCUGGGGAAGUACUACUUCCUGGCGAACGCAAUCCGCUGCUGCUUCGGGUGACCUGCUCCGAUGACGAGCACGCGCUGGUGGUCGCCCUCACCUCCCCCACAUCGAAUCGGACCGCCGUCGAACAGCGCUUGCACGCUCUGGAGGGAAGCACUAGCUGCGUGGAGGUGGUCGGCGCCGCGCCCCUCAACCAGACGGUCGUACUUAUCGUCAUCCAAGUGCGGGACCACCAACAUGCGGCCUGGCGGUACGACGUUCCGCGGGGACUCCUGCUUCCGCUUGCGCUCCCUUCGACAAUGGCCGGUGGUUCCGGCUGCCACCACGUGCGACUUCUCCAGCCCGCUGGGCUCGGAAGCGCCGAACUGAUGCUCGCCAGUUCCACCUGUACCAACGUCCCCACUUCUACCUCUCCGGAUGCGACCGUCACCGUCGGGCGGGUGGUGCGCAUCUUCCGGCUCGACGUGGAAACCCCUAGCGACGGCUUCCACCACUUCCAGACCAUCAGCACUGGCGCACCGGUGACCGCCAUGGACGUCGCAGCCGACGGAACAACGCUGCUGCUGAAGAGCGCCGGCACCAACCGAGUACACCGCUACGCGUACAACUCCGUCGAGGGUUGGACGCGGAAGGAUAUCCUGCCUUAGCACACGGGUGACAUUUUUAACCGAAGGCGUUGCCCCACCCAGCCGGAUGCUUCAAACUGUUGUUUGUUACGUUUGCUACCCAGCUGCCGAUACUACUUUCUCGUCGUACGGCACGGAAGCGUUGCGUGUUUGUUUGUUAGAUAUGUUUGUUGGUUUGAUGGAUCAAUCAAAUCCAUAAUUUAUUAUGCCUGUAAAUUUGAAUGGCAUGAAAUAUUGUGAUUAUGAAUAAACCGGCCCUAUACAAAAUAUCUUUAUAGGUAAUGUGCAGUGCACAGGUAUAUUAAAAUAAAUAUUUAAAACUAUGCUUCACAAAAAAACAUAUAAAUGUCUU